AUGGCGACUGACAAGCGAGUCAUCUCAAAAGAGCCCUCAUCUGAGGGGGAUCUUGAGCAUGCUGCUACCCAUGGCACGUAUCUCGACAAAACUGAAGCUUCAAACCUGUCAGAAGAGCAUCGUCAAUACCUACUUGGACGCCAUGGGACCCUCGACCUCGACCCUCUACCCACAAUGGGUACGGCGGAUCCAUACAAUUGGCCUCGGUGGAAGAAAAUCAUGAACCUUGUUUUCGUUGCUUUCCAUGCUAUGAUGUGCGCAUUCCCUGCUUCAGCCAUUAUUCCUGCAUACGAAAACAUUUCGGAAGAUCUUGGUGUGAGCAUUCAGAGAGCAUCAUAUCUCACGUCUUUGCAAAUCGCGAUACUGGGUGGUGCGCCGUUGUUCUGGCGUCCACUCUCGACACGAUAUGGACGCCGACCCAUCUUCAUCGUCUCUUUGAUCGGCAGUCUGGUCUUCAACGUGGGCUGUGCGAAGAGCCACAGCUAUGCAGCAAUGGCAACCUGCCGUGCUUUCCAGUCGUUCUUUAUCAGCCCACCGAACGCGAUCGGUAGUGCUGUCGUUGUGGAGACAUUCUUCAAAAGAGAGAGGGCGAAGUUCAUAGGUAUCUGGACUGUCAUGAUCACGCUCGGCAUACCUCUCGCUCCACUCAUAUUUGGCUUUGUGACAUACAACGUCGGAUACCGAUGGAUCUAUUGGAUUCUUGCAAUCGUCAACGGCGUUCAACUCAUUCUAUACUCACUCCUUGGUCCCGAGACGCGCUUCAUGCGAUAUGAUAAUGCGCAGCACGCGCAAUUCGGAUGGGCAGCCUACAAGAGGAUGUAUCUGAACUUCCGCCGCAUUGACCCCACUCCCAUGACCGCCUCGGAAUUCGUAUCCCCUCUCCGGCUCUUCAAGUAUCCAUGCGUAGUCAUUCCCGCCUGCGCAUAUGCCAUGGUGUUCCUCUUCGCUUCGGUGCUUUCCACGGUCGAAAUUCCGCAGCUCUUCGCUGAAAAGUUUCACUUCAACGCGCAGCAGAUAGGUCUUCAGUUCGUCGGUCUCAUCAUCGGAACCGUGAUUGGCGAGCAAAUUGGUGGCCACUCUAGCGAUCUUUGGAUGCGUUGGCGGACCAAGAAGAUGGGGGGUUGUCGUCCAGCGCCGGAAUUUCGCUUGUGGUUAAGUUAUUUCGGUAUCUUGCUUACAAUCUGCGGCGUCGUCGUCUUCCUUGUGCGCAUUGAGCAAGCGCCAGAUCUCCACUGGAAUGUGACACCCAUUGUCGGCGCAGGGAUAGCCGCCGCUGGCAACCAAAUAGUCACCACUGUACUGAUUACGUAUGCCGUGGAUUGCUAUCCUGAGGAGGCGGGUAGUAUUGGCGUUUUCAUUACUUUUGUGAGGCAGGUUUGGGGAUUUCUGGGUCCUUUUUGGUUCCCGCCAAUGUUUGAAAAUGUGGGUAUUGCGAACAGUGCUGGGAUUGCUGCAGGACUACUGGUUGGAGUAAGCCUUGUCCCUGUCAUCUUCACACAUUGGAAGGGGCAUAGGUUGAGAGGAAUCAUGUCAGAAAGGUUGUAG